AUGUUUGGUGCAUUUGGGGGGUACUUUGUACUUCUCGUCCAAAAUCCCCCCUGUGGGGGCACAGGCUCGACCGAACUCCAGGCCUCCGAUCUCGAGGGAGGCCCGGCGCCCCGAUCCGCGAGGGGUCCGCCCGGCGGACCUCCGGAGCAGCUCGGUGCGGGUGCCGUGCGCUGCUCCUCUGCGGACGGCGGCGAGGCGGGCGUGCUGCCGGAGCUGGGCUUCGAGGAGGCAGGCGUGCUGCUGGAGCUGGGCUUCGACGAGGCGGCGGAGGUCGUCGACCAGGACCUGCUGGAGGGCGUGCGGGCGGCGCUCGGCCACCCUUUGCACAGGGCCUGCGAGCCGAGCGAGGGCCUCGUCGACUACUACCGCAG